AUGUAUGCUAACCAAAGAUUAUCAAUGUUUCAAAGUCAUCUUGACCAUAAACAAAAACGAACAAUUCCAUCAUUUCCCUUCCUGUCGAUAGAAGAACAAGAGAAAUAUGAAGUAUCAAAAUCUUUGAACCAUGUAACAACCUUGAAGAGCACAAAUUUAAGGGUUUUACCAUCUCCAUCACCACUGGUCUAUUCACUUGGGAUUGGCUCAAACUUUUCUACUGAUUCCGUACAGCAACAAGAAAGACCAUCUCCUCCACCACCGCGUCGUUUGAUUUCUAAGCUUCCAAUUACUCCAAUCUCACCAACACCAGAACCGGAUGCAGUGGAAACUAAAUUAGUUUUGAAUGAUGUAGUAAAGGAUUUCCAUAAUGGUAAAGUACUAUGUCUCAGUAAAGACGACGACGAGGAAAAGAUAGAAAUAGAUAAUGAUUCUGUCAUUUAUGAUACUAUAAAUGAAAUUUCAGAAGAUAAAUUUACUACCAACUAUGAUGCCAUUAUAUUGAAUAAAUUAGGACAAGAAUCAAGUUAUGAAAUAAGUACUUAUUUGAAGAAUUUACAUAAUGAUACUGUUGUGGUAAUAAGAGAUGAAUUUGAAAUUGAUAAUGACAAUAAUAAUAAUGAAAAGUUAGAUUUUGAUUUUUAUGUGGAUUUGGAAAACUCUGUUAUUGUUGAUAUUACUAAACGUAAAUGA